AUGAGCUUCAUCAAAAUUGCAAACAACAAAAAUAUCUUUCACGUUUCCCAUUUCCCAUUUCCGAAUUCCCAAUUCCCAUUUUCCAUUUCCGAAUAUCGAGGCAAACUGGAAAAUGAAAACGAGACUGCCCACCGCGCCUCUGCGGAGCCCUUGCAAUUGGCUGGAUCUUCCAAGACAAAUAGAAAGGAAGGGAACGUGCCCGUCGAGCAUGAAUGUCCGCUGAAUCUUCUUCCUCGCGAUAUAUGGGUGAGGAUUGCCACUAAGGUUGCAUCGAAUUCGAUUCGUGAUCUGUUCAACAUGCAGGCGAGUUGCAAAGUUUUUCUGGAUGCAGCGAGUUCCGAAGCUGUGUACCAACAUGUGACGAUGCGUGUUAUACCAUUAGUGUCCUUUUUAUUUUACCUUGACCGGCCGGAGAGGAGGUUCAUCGAUCGCUGCGUUGAAGCAGGAAAUGCGGAUGCUAUACUCCGACAGGGGUUGACGAAGUAUUUCUGGAUUGUCCGCCAUGGCAUUGGGAUGGAACUGCUUUCUAGGGCUUGGAGGGAGGGCAGCAUCGAAGCAGGUUACCUGUCUGCCAUGUUGCUACUGUGUGAUCACGAGAACGAAGAAGAAAUGCAAAGGGGUGUUGAAAUGUUAGAGUCUGUCCGUACUUCUGGAGACGUCAAAAGCUGCAGGGAGUUCUUCGCAGACAUUUUCUGGGAGUGA